AUUAAUAAUGAGCAAUUUAGAUCUUUUAAUGCACUGUCAUUUUUGUUCUGUCAGAUAGUGUAAAUACCUCGUAUUUCGUAACCCAAGCACAUUGUCGACUUUUUCGACGUUAGAUGGAUUAUGUGUAUAUUUUAGCACCUAUUGGGCUAGGCGUUAUUUUGACUUUGUGCAGCACCGGAUAUUGCAUUUAUAUUCAUUACUCUAAACGCAGACUCGUUGAGCGCAUCAAAAAAGAGAUGCUUGCAAAAAUAAUUAAUGGUCCAGAUGCUAUUGUUUACAACACUCACUGGUGUAGUAAUAUAGGAACGGGCAAAACAAACUCUGUUGUGAGUUGCCCUAAACCUCCAGGUCAUGCAGUCAGUAUUGGAGGAUCCCAAAUGGACAUAUACUCUCAUCCUAUACAAUCACGGACUGAUGUCUUUGUCCAGAAAGUUGGAAGUGAGGUGUUUAGUUCGCUGACCAAUGAAAGACUUCAGGUUUUGAACGUACCUUAUUGUGAUUAUAAACAUACCACACAUUAUGGUUCAUCAAAGACCAAAACUUUCAUCACAAGUAUACCAAGUCAUAGAGCCGUGAAAUCCGAUGGUAUAUACGUGAACUGUCCAGUUAAACCAUCUCAAAAACCUGAGUCAAGCAAACAUUAUAACAUGAGAUACCAGUAAGUUGACGUGAGUUAAGGAUGGAAAAUUGGCAUCAAAUUCACGGUUCAACGUUUCAGAGGGUCGUCUUCAUUGUUAUUCAUAUUUCUUUAUUUAUGUAUAAAUCAACUGCUCAUUUUUCCAAUAUAAUAACUAAUGCAUUGAAUAACAAAGUUGGACAAGCCUUUUUUUAAAAGAUUGAAAUAGGUGUAUAUGAAUGCAUUUCAUUUCAUAAAAUUACUUUGAAUUGUAUAUUACACAUGAGAAUUAUGGGUGAGACUAUAAUUUAAUGGACGAACAAAUCAGAAAUAAUAUAACAGGUAUCGGAUUUUGGAGCGAAAUUCACUUAUCCAUUUGGCUAAAUAGUAUCUUGGCUGAUAUCGCUGAUGUCAAUUCGUAAUGAUAACCCAAAAUCUAAUUCCUAACCUUUAAUCAUCAACUGUAAAUCACAAUUCUAAUUCCUCAUAUUAAUUUAUAACCUUCACUUGAUCCUUGUUAUUAGGUGAAUAUUUUCAAGGUCACUUUAGCGUCUCUCAUUGAAUUAUGCUAAUAAAGUUAAUUUAUUAUUAGUUCAUUAUUCAAUACUUUCUUUUUGUUUUAUAAUGUGCACAUUUUGAAAUAAAAUUUUUUUGUUUGUUUUUGUUGUGAUUGCAUUUUUCAAUUGUUUACAUAUAAUACACAAACUUUCUUACUUGCUAUGCAUUUCUAGUUGUUGUUGUUGUUGUUGGUGGUGGUGGUGGUCUGUUCCACUUAAUGAUUUUAAUUUAUAUUUAUUUUUUAUUUAUUUUUUUUUAUUUUCCUCUAUUGGUGUAUAAAAUGGGAUAAGAGUAGUAUAAGUAAAUUUUGUUUUUAAUCACUAAGCCUAAAUUGAU